AUGACAGCCACCGCAACAAUUUUGCAAGCCGGGCAGGAUGGCGCGGCGUCUGUGAAGUCGACAAAAACUUCAGCUUCACGAAUCGAUCUUCACAUGCCUAAUCCAGGGAUUGCAAGGCUUUUUGACAACCCCAAAGACAGCCUCGAAACUGCAAACCGCUUGCUGCAAAAGAAUCAUGAUGAAUAUCACAUGUUCUGGAGAGAUGUCGGAGGACACAAUCAUAUGGCUCAUGCUGUUCUGACCACUCUUGCACUGGGUGGGAGUCCGAGCGAGCUACAGAGAGCUUAUGACGAUGGACUUGAGGUUCAGCGACCGAUGCCUGCUCUCGAUGAGGAACUGGUGGGAAAGUUGAACGAUCCCUCAGUGCUCCGUUCGCACAUUGGCAAUAUCCACGAUUACACAAAUUUCCUCGCAUUCUUCGAACGCGAGAUCGAUGCCAAGGGAUGGAGAGAAGUUAUUACAGAGUAUUGCUUCUCGAAGUCAGAGAAUGCGGAGCUCAUGCUUGCGCAACUCUACGAGGGUGCUUUCCAUCCUAUCAUUCAUCUCGGACUGGGUGUUGAAUUCGAGCAACCUUCAAUUGUCGCUGAAGCUCUUGCUCAGGCUGCUUCGCAUGACUCUGCUGGUAUUCCUAAAUUCCUGCUCGAUGCAGAACGCCACGGUCGUGCAUCUGUAGAGCCUCGAAUGUCGCUAAAGGAUUGUUUCCACGUACUCCGAGAGGAUGAAACGAUCAAGAAUGCUGCACAGCCACAAAUGGGUCCAGUCAGAGUGAGGGAAGGUGUGAUGAAGCGUGCUUUCCAGCAAAUCACACGCUUGGCAGCAGCGUACAGGGUCCCAUCAUCGGAGCUGGACAAGAGCAUCGCAGAGAUGAUCAGUUGCAAUGCAUACAUUUCUGCUGCUGCACAGCGAGCAGGCAAGCAGAGGAAGAUCGACUUCUUCCACAUGCACAACGUGACCAGUUCAAUCUUUUUAUCUGUGUUUGCACAGCAGGGCUGGAUCAAAUUGGAAGACAAAGUCCGACUUGUAGAGUGGAAAGCUCGGAUGGAUUUAGUCUGGUACGCUGCCAGCGGAGCAGCGCCUCUAGACUUGAGUUUCUUGACUGAUUACAAGCCAACUCACAGCGCUGGAAUGAGCUGGGUUGAGUUGUAUCAAGCAAUCAACAAAGCUCACGAUGAUGGUCACGUUGCCAAGUUUGUGAGGGCAAUAAAAAAUGGCGAGUCUGUGGCUAAGCCAUUCGAGGGUGCAGAUUUGGAACGAUUCCCUGUGAAUGACGAAUUGUGGCUCAAGGUAGCGCAAAUGGCUUAUGAUUCGACCUUGGAGGUUCCCACCGACCUCCGCUGGGUCUUCGGUGCUGGAUACGAUCCCAUGUGGAAGCUGAUGCCUGAUGAGGAGUGA